CCUCGGGUUCGGCGGCCGGGACCUGGCGACGCUGUGCUGGGCGCACGCCCCCCUGAGGCUUCCCGACGACGCCCUGCUGUCGGAGGCGCUGCAGCGGCGGCCCGAGUUGCGCAUGCGCGACCUGGCCGCGGUGUCCUGGAGCGCGGCGCCGCUGAGGGCCGACCACCUGCUGGCGCCGCUGGCGGCUGCCUGCUCGGCCAGGUCUCAGCGGGAGGCGCCCCUCCUGCUGGCCGCUGCGGCGUGCGGGGGCCCAGAGGCAGCGGCCGGUGCCGCGCUGCCUUGGCUGCAGGCCGGCUGGGCCUUCGCCUUCACGGGGGCACUGGCCGCCCCGCUGCAGCGGGCGCUGGAAGGGCCCCUGCGGAGCCUGGGUCGGGCGCUUGACGCAGCGGGCCGCAAGAGGGAACAGGCGCCAGAGGACGGCCCGGCGCAGCCAGCUGGGCAGCAGGCGGAGGCGCGCGCGUCCGCCGCCCCGCCUCCGUGGAGGCGGGCAGCUGGCGGCGUGCUGCCGCGCGUGGUGCAGCGGCUGCCCGGAGUCGCUGUGGUGCACAAGCCUCCCAACUGGGAGGUCGAUGCUUCCAGUGCGUCCCAGGGGCGGCCUGCAUCUCAUCGCGCGGCGACGCGAUCCGCAGUCGCCCUCAAGCUUUCUGCCUUUUUGCAGUCCACCUUCAGUAUCGCUGAGGCUCCCGUGGUGCACUCAGGUCAUCUGGAGUUCGGCCUGCUUCACCGCCUGGACGCCCCCUCGUCUGGUCUGGUACUUGUUGCCCUAUCCUACGAGGCGCUCCUCCUCCUACGAUGGCAGAGGGACACGAUUGCCAUCGAGCGCGACUACGCCAUCCUCUGCCACGGACACGUGCCGCCAGAGCUGGCAUCCAUACAGGCUCCUUUAAUCAAGAGGGGCGGUACGAGCGAAGUCCACGAGAGCGGCCAGGUCGCGCACACGCGGGUCAAGGUGCUCGGCCACUACUUCGCCCCGCCAGCCGCGAACGGCAGCUGCGACGCCACCGUCCGCCCGCCCCGGCGGGUCUCGCUGGUCGUCGUGCGCUUGGUGACGGGGAGGCAGCACCAGAUUCGCGCGCACUUCCGCUACGUGGGGCACCCGGUCGUGUGCGACGGCCGAUACGCGCAGGACGUUUUCGACGAGGACCAGGCGUGGUGCCCGAGGAACUUCAUCCACCGGUGGCGCCUCGGAUUCAGGGCCCGCUCGAGGGCCUCCACGGGCGGGACACGGCCCAGGGCGCCCCGCCAUGCCACGGGCGUGCCGGUGCCUUCUGCGCGCUCUCAGGGACGUGGGAGGCCGCGCCCGCGAGGCCCACGACCCGCUGCCGGAGGACCUGCGCGAGGCGCUGGCCGGCCUCCGUCCUGGCUGCGCGGCCUCCGCCGCGGCCGCGGGGCCGUGGCUGCGCGGUGCGGCGCCGGCGUCCUGGGGGGCUCUGGCCGGGCUCCCCGAGCG